AUGGCCACGCUGCUGUCCCUGAGCGACUUCUGGCACACUGCUGAGGUGCCUCGCCUGGGGAUCCCCGCCAUCCGGCUCAGCGACGGGCCCAAUGGGGUCCGGGGCACCAAGUUUUUCCGCGGCGUGCCGGCUGCCUGCCUGACCUCGGGCACCGGUAUGGGCGCCACGUUCAACACCGACCUGCUAGUCGAGGCCGGCGAGCUGAUGGCGGAGGAGGCGCGGCACAAGGGCGCCCAUGUGGUGCUGGGUCCCACGUGCAACAUGCAGCGCGGCCCGCUGGGCGGCAGAGGCUUCGAGUCGUUCAGCGAGGACCCUGUGCUUUCCGGCAUGGCCGCCGCCAGCGUCAUCCAGGGAAUCCAAAAGAGCGGCAUUGCGGCAACCAUCAAGCACUUUGUUUGCAACGACCUCGAAGACGAACGCAGAUCGGUCAACUCGAUCGUCUCGGAAAGAGCUCUUCGCGAAAUAUACCUCCUCCCGUUCCAGCUGGCCAUCAAACACGCCAACCCCAGAUGCCUGAUGACAGCCUACAACAAGGUGAACGGCGAGCAUGCGUCGCAGUCGAAAGGGCUGCUGACGGAUGUGCUGCGGGAGGAAUGGGGCUGGGACGGCCUCGUCAUGUCCGACUGGUUCGGUGUCUACUCGGUCAAAGCUGCCAUCGAUGCAGGGCUGGACCUGGAGUGUCCCGGACCGCCUGUCAGUUCGAAGGGUGCUGGAGCUGGUGAAGCACGCUCUCAAGAGCGGCGUGCCUGUCGACGGCAAGGAGGACGCAGAAAACAACACCGCGGAAACCGCGGCGUUUGCGAGACGGCUGGCGUCGGAGGCGGUGGUUCUGCUGAAGAACGAGGGCAAGCUGCUGCCCCUAAAGCCCGCUGCGAAGGUCGCGGUCGUCGGUCCCAACGCCAAGUUCGCCAGGAUUUUUGGCGGCGGCUCCGCGUCCAUGACCCCGUACUACGCCGUCGACAUCUACUCGGGGGUGCAGUCCAAAGUCGACUAUGCGGUGCCGUAUGCUCUUGGCUGCUCGAUCGAGAAGAACCUGCUCGAUCUGGGCAAGCUCUCGGUGUACGACGGCAAGCAGGGCGUCCGCUGCAGAAUCUACAAAGAGCCCGCAGACUGCCCACAGCGCACUCUCAUCGACGAGUUCCACUUGGACUCGACGAAGCUCUCUCUGUUCGACUACAAGAACGCACAGCUGGAGGGCAAUCUCUUCUUCAUGGACUUCGAGGGCGAGCUGCACGCGGAAGAAGCGUGCGAGUACGAGUUCGGCGUCUGCUGUCUGGGCACGACGCUGCUGUUCUUGAACGACGAGCUGUUCAUCGACGACAAAACUCACCAAAAGCUGAGGAAGGGCGGGAUGGGCGUGUGCACCGUGGGCGACGUCAGGGCCAGGCACCUGGAGAAAGGCGAGGUGGUGAGGUUCAGAAUCGAGUUUGGCUCGGCGCCCACCCUGCGCGCCGGAGACGCCGACGCGGAUGGGGGCGGGUUCAUGCAUGUCACGGCCAUGAAGAAGGAGCGCGAAGACGACCUCAUUGCUCGGGCCCGCGAGGUUGCCGCGGCCGCAGACUGCGUCGUGCUGUGCCUCGGCACGUCGCCCGACUGGGAGAGCGAGGGUUUCGACAGAACCACGAUGGACCUGCCCGGCGCUCAGGACAGACUGGUCGAGGAGGUGCUGUCCGUUAA